CCUUUAAUGCCGAGUCUGAGGGAUGGAGUCGGAGUCAGGCAUCUCAGAGUGAUCUCAAACUUCACCCGGACCUGGACACAAUUUAGGAACAUUUAUACAUAUUUAUUUAACAUUACGAACAACUUGAAUCAGCGACAGCUAGCGAGUUAGCGAGCUAACGAACCGGAAAUCCGGCGAGGAUUAAAGCACCGUUAUCGCAGCCUGUAGUAUCUCCCACCGAGCCGUCAUGUCUGCUGCAGGAGACUUUGGGAACCCGCUAAGAAAAUUCAAACUGGUGUUUCUUGGGGAGCAAAGUGUUGGAAAGACUUCGCUCAUCACCAGAUUCAUGUAUGACAGCUUUGAUAAUACUUACCAGGCCACAAUAGGAAUUGAUUUCUUGUCAAAAACGAUGUACCUCGAGGACAGAACAAUCAGGUUGCAGCUGUGGGACACAGCGGGUCAGGAGCGAUUCCGUAGCCUCAUUCCCAGCUACAUCCGUGACUCGGCUGCCGCUGUCGUAGUGUAUGACAUCACAAACGUCAACUCCUUUCAGCAGACCACCAAAUGGAUCGAUGACGUCAGGACGGAGAGGGGAAGUGAUGUCAUUAUCAUGCUGGUCGGGAACAAGACUGAUCUUGCAGACAAAAGGCAAGUAUCAAUCGAAGAGGGCGAGAAGAAAGCCAAAGAGCUGAACGUAAUGUUUAUUGAGACGAGCGCUAAAGCCGGCUACAACGUGAAGCAGCUUUUCCGGCGUGUGGCUGCCGCCCUGCCUGGCAUGGAGAGCACACAGGACAAGAGCAGAGAAGACAUGAUCGAUGUGACGCUGCAGAGCCCUCCAGAACAGCCUGUGAGCGAAAGCGGAUGCUCCUGCUAAGCCUCGUUCUCCAUCAUACUGCCAUCUUCUCUCUCUUUCUCUCUCUUUCUCUCUCACUCACUCUCUCUCACCCUUUAUCUCUCUUUACCCCAUGCCUCCUUCGUGUGUCGUUGCCUGCCUCCAUCCUGGAACCUGAAGAACACUACUUUGUCCAUCCAUCUCUCCAUCCAUUCAUCCAUCCAUCAUCCUCGGCGCUGUGCUUUCCGCUGACUCAGUCAUGACCUUAAGCUUACCAAGCACAAUGUGGACGUGAAACGCAUCCCAUAUUAUUUUUCCGUUAAAAGCUUCCACUUUGUUUUUUUUGUUUUUUUGGUGACACUUUUUAUUAAUUAUUUUAUUUAUACCUUGAAUGGCUUAUUGCUUACGGAGACUUGCAUUAGGUAGUGUUUAACAUGUGAGCACUGAACAAUUGCAUUUAAUUCGAAACAGUACAGAUGAAAUAGAUGAAUACUUUUCAGCCGUUACUGUUAGAGGUAAAUCGAAGGGCUAUAUUCACGUUGCAGGAUAGCACCAGUGCUAAACCUCCUACAUUGCAAGCUCUUGUGAUAAAGCACAGUGCGGUUAAAAUGUUUACGAAUUGUUGGCAAUAUCCAAGUCUGUAUAUUGAACAUAGAUCGAUGUCCUUGUGGAUUGUGAAUAAAGUCAACACAGAUUACAGAAGCUCUUAUAAACUUAUAGCAGUUCCACUUCAAACCCUGGCUGUUUUUUUUGUUGUUGUUGUUGUUGUUGUUUUUUUAAACCUUGGCUGACAUUUUUAUCUUUUCCUUUUUGACUGGUGAAUUUGCUAGCAUAUUAGAGAUAUCAGUGCAGUAGCUUUGAAAGAUUUUUUGUAUAUUAAGGGAAAUAUCAUAGAGGAAUCGGAUAUAUCAAUAUGCAGGCAUGCCUUUAAAGAGUGUAUUUUAUAGUGCUUCCACUGGCUGUUCGUUAGUGUUAUUAUUUUUUGUUUGUUUGAUUUAAUGUAAUAUUGACACUUUAGAUUUCCCCCCUUUAGAUUUUUUUUCUUUUGUGUUCUGUAAUAUUUAUUUCUACUCGAUCAUUUUGCUUUUUAAUUUUUGGCAUUUUGUCAUUAUAAAGCACUCUUCAGCUUUUUUUCAAUCCCUCCCGUGGACGGCUGAUUUUAAGCAGCUCAUGAUACAGUGCAAUUUGUUUGAGGCUCUCUGUUUUCCGCUUUCCCUUUUUUUUUUUUUUUUUUUUUUUUUUUUUUUUUUUUCCCUUGGAGGAAAAUCCAUUUCGUGGUCCGUCAGCUCUGGCUUGUCUAUUUUUUUUUUUUUAACCUUUUUUUUUAACUGUUGCCGCUGUGUGUGCUGCUGUGUACAAAAGCUCAUAAUUUGCACUGCUAGUCUACAUGAGUCUCUUAUUGAUGUCCCUAAUAAAGACCUUUAUUUAGUAACAGUGA